AUGAGGCAGCCUAUUCUCGCCGGGGAUGUGACAAAUGAAAACGGUCUGGAAACUAUUAUUGCCUUGCCCUCCAAUUACUUCAUGGAACGACUCUUUCUUCUCCUUAUCGCCAAUUGGAUGUGCGGCGAAUCCCACCGUAUCAGCUCGUGUGGAACACGGAAUCAACGCGUGGCGGUAUAUGUAUGCUGCGAUGUGGCCCAAUCAGGACGUCGGGGGGCUGGCGCGUGGCAUGGAUCGGAGAUUGCGCAAAUAUUCGGCACAACAGAAUUUCUGACACAUAUUCCCGAUACACAAGAGGAGGCCGCUUUUGGUGAGAUGAUGAGGGAUAUUUGGACUACAUUCGCUAAAGAUCCUUGGAAUGGGCUGGUACGGAAAGGGUUGCCGGUUUACAACCCAGAGUGUGCGUACAUCUGA